UUGUGAUUUGUGGAGAUAUUGAAAUUUAUCUGGUCGCUGCCACUCGCUACUGGUUGUUGUUGUUGUUGUAGUAAAUAUUAAUGAAUAAUACGAUAUUAAGAAAGAGUGUCGUAAGAAUUAGCUAUACUAGUGUACGAAUUGUUUGGUUGAUUUUUUUUUCGUUAUGUCAUUGUUGUAGAUAAUAAUAAUAAUUAUAUUAUUAUUUUUUUAUUAUUUUUCUAUGACCGGCAGUGACCAUUGCUGGCGUACGUGUGUUUAGUUCUAACCGUGGUGGGAGAAACGGUUUUAUAAAUAACGACGACCUUGGGUACCGAAUGUGUGUCGCACGAGUCGUCGUUACUCGUUGAGCAACGAAUUUUAUCAUAAUUUAUAUUUUAAUUUAUUGAAUGUCAAACGCGACUGCCAUUUUCUAUACUCGUGCUUUAGUCCGAUCUCCCGCGCGUGUCCAAGUCGCGUGGUCUCAUUCAUUACCUUUUUCUAUUCCAUCGCAAACCGCGUUCCUGAAAAUAAUUAAUACAUAGCCGGUGCGAAACAUUGGUCGAACAUCGUAACAAUAGUAAUAUUGUUAUAUAUCACCUCAACCGGCAACACCUACUAUACACCACUGCCUACGACCACUGACCUGUGUCGAAUAACGACUCAGAAAUGUACCCGUUUGGGGACAUUUACUAAGAAAUGGCCUGUAGCCAACUCCAGGACAACCUUAAAUUGACAACAACACAACCAAUCCAAGUCUGCACAUUAUUUGCGAUCACUGGGUUACGUAAAGGCUAAAUUACGGAUUUAAAGAAAGAUAAAGAACGCUCCAGUCUCCAUGAAUUCGGUUUGGACGCGGUGUCCAGUGCUGUUGCCACAGCGAUAGCACGGUCAGUUGUUGCUCCAUUUGAUAGAGUUAAAAUAAUUUCUCAGGUUCAUUAUACAUCUAUUGUAAAUGGUCAGCAUAAUCAAAACUAUCAUCCAGGAAUCUUAACAACAUUAAAUCAAAUUUAUCGUGAACAAGGUUUACGAGCACUAUGGUUUGGAAAUUUUACCAACAUUUUGAGAUUUGUUCCAUCUCAGGCAGUAAUGUUUGGACUCAACACAUUUUACCUAAAAUUACUUUUGGGCAAUAUUAGACAUAAAGAUGAUGGAUGGAGUCAUACUACUUUAAGUCUGAUAUCUGGCGGAUUAUCCGGUGCAACCACAUUAUGCAUGUUUUAUCCACUACUUUUCUGUCAAACUCAUUUAGCUGCCCAUGUUGGACCUUUGGUUGACCGUGAAUAUACUGGAUUACUGGAUUGUAUACAAAAAACUGUUCAUACAAAUGGCGUUCGAGCUUUGUAUACAGGAUUUGCAAUUGCAGCUAAUGGUAUGGUCAUAAACAAAGCUAUUUACUUUGGAGCUUAUUACAGUUUUAACAAAACUAUCCUAGAUCACAGUAAUAGUCUAGUUUCUAUUGAUGAAAAAGAUACAAAGUUACCAUUUUGGAUACGUUUUGGAACCGCACAGGUUGCCACUUACUUGUCACAAUUAUUCAGCUAUCCUCUUGACACAGUUGGCAGAAUGUUGAUUGUUCAAACCGCACAAGAAGAAAAAUUGUAUCUAAAUGCCAGAGACUGUUUUACUAAAUUAUGGAAAUCUCAGGGUUUAUCAGGCUUAUAUCGAGGAAUGUUGCCUAAUAUGAUUCGCUCUAGUGGAUCGGCUCUAAUUCUUGUGCUGCACGAUGAAUUCAAAUGGAUACUGAGUAAAAUGGGUUUAUUUGGAGACAUUCAAGACGAUUAAACGAUAACAUCCUUCCUUCUACCUACUACUUUUUCAUGCAAAUAUAUUUUUAAAAAAACUUAAAUGAUUGUAUAAUGUUUAAUUGUUAGUUGACGCCAUGCGAUUCUAGUCAAGUAUUCUUAACCUUGUUAGUAUCUGCGACCAAUUAUUUGUGAAUAUCAUGUACCAUUUAAAUACUUGUUAUGGAUAAUAAAUUAAUUAUAAUUGAUUUUCUAUACGAUUCAACUGUUAAAAUGUUUUCCUAAAAUUAUUUUUUCUUAAAAGUUUUAAACUAAUUUGUUUUUUAAAAUAAUCAAAUAUAGACUAUAAACGCUAAUUUAAUAUUAUGAACCAUGUCUCAAUGAAAAAAAGAAAAUUUUUGAGUUAUAAUUGUUUUCAAUCUGUAUAUAAUUCGGUAAAUUCCUUAUCUCAUCAACUGACAAUGCAAUUAAUUAUAAACAUGACAAUUCAACACAACAAUUAGAUUUUUCUUAGUAAUUUUAACUUUUAGUUACUUAGUUGAUAAAAAUAAUUUACUUAUUAA